CUGAUAACUAUGUUUUCUUGUACUUCUUCAUACUGCACCUGCCUGAAGCCUUAAGGCAUACCUGAAUCUCUCUGACCUUCUUGUCGCCGUCAAGAUCUCACGCCAUCUCUCCGAGCUCUGUUGAUAUCUCUAUUACAGCGUUGCUUGCCGUCAUCUGCCACCUCCUCCAUCCAGAGAGUUGAGAAUGAGUUCGUUGAGCAGUGCGGUGCGAGAUCUUCAACGCGAAUUAGAGAACAAAACCAAUGAUCUCUCCAAGCUUCAAAAGGAUAUUGCAAAGAAUCACCAAGUUAGAAAGAAGUACACUGUCCAACUUGGAGAGAACGAAUUGGUCCUUAAGGAAUUGGAUUUAUUGAACGAAAAUGCAAAUGUUUACAAGCUGAUUGGUCCAGUGCUGGUUAAGCAAGAUUUGGCUGAGGCCAACUCCAAUGUCCGCAAGAGAAUCGAAUACAUCACUGCUGAAUUGAAGCGUCUCGAUGCAACUGUUCAAGAUUUGGAAGAGAAGCAGAAUAGCAAGAAAGAUGCGAUACUAAAAUUGCAACAGAGAAUUCAGUCCCUUCAGACUUCGAAAGCCAAGGCAUAAUCCUCGCCGACAGAUUGUUUUAGCGUUGUAAUAAUUUUACUCUGCUAGGGUUGUAUGUGCUUUUGUGACUCUUGUUUUGGACUGAAGUUGCAUUUUAGGGGUGUUUUAUAAAUCCUUUUGAAGUGCUGUUGUUAGUUAAUACGAUAUCCAUAUCUUUGUUACUACGAGAAAAAAGUUCCAACCAAUCUAUACAAUCGUGAUCAUCACAAUAGAAGAAACAUCAAUGCUAACUU